GUCAUAAACCAAGAGGGAGUAUCAUUUGAUUGGUGGACCCAUGUUGGCACUGAAACAGAGAGGUACAGAAGCACAAUACUUGCUGGCAGCUCGCAGCAAAGCUAUCGCGGCAAUGUUUUCAAUAACAAGAAGAAUCCAUACGAGCUGACAACAACCAAGCGAACCCAGUAUGACAUUGGCUCCAUUGAUGCUCGACUAAAUUACUGGGGCUACCCCGGUGUGGAAAGUGUGGCAGCUGGAAAGAUCAGAGAUUUCUCCGAUUAUCCUUACUUGAUCAAGCCAGCAGUACUUGACGGAUCCGGAAAGAUUUGA